AUGUACACCUGGGGAGCCCCCUCGGGCAUUUUUCAAGGCAGUCCACUGGGCUUGGGCGAUGGACGCCGCCGAGUCCGGCCGACUCUGGUUUCUUCGUUCGUCCGAGCGAGGGAACACGUCGAGAACGUCGCGUGCGGGCCUUCCUGGACUCUCUGCUCAACCCGCAGCAACCGGGUGUACGCGUCGGGCUCGUCAGACUUUGGUGUGACAGGUCGUGGCGCGACUGGGAGUUCUUCCGUCUUUCAGGAAAUCGAGUUUUUUCACUCUGUUCUUCGCCCCUCUGCUCCAUCCUCUCUGGCCGCUUCGUCCGCUAGCCUUUCGGCUGCCUUCCCGUCUUUUCCCCACCCCGCAUCCGCGGCCGUGCCUCCUCCAGGUGUACAUACACCUGGGCGACUGGCCCGCGAUGGUGCCGAGGCGCAUGCAGCCAGCGAAAUGUCCUCUGCCGCCGCAGCUGGUUCGACCUUUUCCUCGCCUGCUUUCGCGUCCUUUGGGGCUUCCGCUCAGGGCCUCACAGCUGCAGAGAUGCAGGCGCAGUUGGUGGGCCACCUUCCAGCGCAUUUGCGCGAGCGGCUGUCUGAGUGCGGAUCUGGCGACGGCACGCCGCCGCACGCGAGGAAAAACGCGCACCCGCAGGUCUUCGUCCCUUCCCCACGCGUCCCCACGAGGAAGGAGGCCGUGGAGAGCGCGCAUCCGUCCGUGGCAAUGGGCAAGCGAGCAGACGCUGUUCCCUUUCCUCAAAGGGGACAUGACGCACGCGACCUCCGAGGUGCACGUACACCCGAGAGCGACAGAGCUAGCCAGACCUCAGGGACACCGUCAGCCUCUUUUCGUGGGCGACGGCGGGAGGAUGGCAGCGCAGCCGAGGGGACUGUUGCGCUUUGCCGCGAACCACGAGAGGUCGACAAGAAACUUGCGAGUUUCUCUGGUGUGGCUCAGCAGGACGAAAGAGCACGACGUGGUCUACCCUGCAGAAAGCCCCUCGAGGCGAGCGCGGAAGAAUCCAGGCACGCAGAGGCAGGAGAGACGCGCACAAGGGGCGACUCCGACCCGCUCUAUCGCGGAGAACUGCAGAGCAAAACGCACACGAAAGUGCGACACAUGAGCUGUGGCGCGUGGCACUCUCUCCUCGCCACCGACGACGGCCGUCUGUGGGCUUGGGGCCGAAAUGAAGAUGGCCAGCUCGGCAGAGAAGUCGAGGCGACGGCAAUGACAGGGGCGAGUGUCUCUUUCUCGCCCUACCCGGUGCUAAUUCACGCGCUCCUGCGUGGCGGCGCACGCGCCGUUCAGGUGGCGGGAGGCUCAAGUCAAUCGUUUGCUCUCGCAGAGGACGGCGCUCUGCAUGCGUGGGGAGGCAGCUGGGGAAGACAGCCAGUGGCCAUGGCGCUGCAUCCCAGAUUUGAUAAGAGCCCGAUAAAGGGGAAAGUCACCAAGCUCGCAGCUGGGUGGGAGGAGCGCGCAGGCGAAGAUUACGCUGUCGCCGUCACAGAUGCCGGCGACCUCUACGUCUGGGGCUGCGCCCCGGCCGCCUCGUUCCGCGCGGCGCAGGCUGUUCCCUCAGUUCUUGGCGCCGAGAAGAAGAGCGAGGAGAGCGCGCAUGCGGAAGAAGAGUUGCAAGGAAGGCGAGACAAAGAUCCCGUGAAAAUCGACAGAAGGAAACUUUUUGGUGGCGGCGCAGUGCGCGAUGUCGCCUGUGGGCCUCUCGGAAUUCUCGUCCUCGUCGAGCAUUGA